AUGUACAUAGUCUACUGGUUCUACGCCGCCUGGCAUGCAGCCAAAGAGUACUACGGAAUCCAAGUGCGGCUGCGGGAGAUGCUAGAGUCGCCGGUACUGGUGGGAGGCGACGGUCCGUGGCGUGGCAAGUCCAUCGCUGUUGUCCUCAAUCCAGUCUCAGGCGCAGGGACGGCCGAAGCCGUCUUUGACUCACUGGUCGUGCCGCUGAUGACCAUGGCCGGUGUAGAGCACUCGCUGAUGACCACACGUGCUGCUUCUGAUAUGACCAGAGUCAUUGCCGAGGUCAACUGGGAGAACUUUGAUGCGCUAAUGGUCUGCGGCGGUGACGGGACAUUCAACGAGGCCAUUAACGCGCUACGCGAGCUUGCGCCGGGGCUGGAGACCAAACUUCCACUGAUGCUUCUUCCCAUGGGCACCUCGAACGGCCUUGUGCGGUCGCAUGGCGAUGCAAGCGUUCUUGAGGCCGCCUUCCGCGCUCUCACCUCACUCCCGCUUCCCACUGACGCAUGGGACGUCCGCAUCGUGCCGUUUGCGCCGGGCGCUGAGCCCGUCGACCGCAUCGACGCCUUUAUGAUGUCGUGGGCCAUGGUCGCCGAGCACGACGACUACCAGGAGCGCAAGUUCCGCUGGAUGGGUCCGACCCUGGCGUCGCUCGCUGCUCCGCUUGUCACCAUCGCUGGCAUGCGCCACUACGAGGGCACCAUCUCGUUUCUUCCAGCCCCUGCCGCCCAUGCCCGCGCUGUCGCCGCCGGCCACGACUACUACGUCGAUCCGGCGACGCUGCCAGCGGUCGCACCGCCCGAGUGGCAUCGCCUCCAUGCCGAUUCUCCCCCCGACUCUGACGCCCAAGCAACCUGGCGGACCAUCCCAACCCCGGUUGUCCUCUGCACCGCCGUCAACGUGGCGUGGCAGGCGGCCGACAUUCAGUUCUCGCCGGGCGCAGUUGCUGACGACGGCGCCCUCGAUGUCUGCAUCCUCGGAAGCGGCGCCUCGCGCCUCGGCGCCCUCCGCAUCUUCAUCUCCAUCGAAUCCGGACGUCAUGUCACCUAUCCGCACACCCUCUUUGCCAAGGCCAGUGCGCUCCACAUCGUCCCAGCCUCUCCCUCCCGUCUCUCGCUCUCAGGCGAGACGCUCCCCUUUGGCGAGAUCCGCAUCGUUGUCCGUCCCAGCCAUCUCCACAUGGUCCGCUAG